UGCAAAACAGUACAGAUUGGGGCGUUAUGUUUCCAUGUGCCUCGUAAGCCUCCGCUGCCUCGGGCGUUCCUUUCGCGAAACCUACUGGGAGUUGUAGUCCUGGACCCAGGGGUGCCUGGGAGGCUGGAGGGGGGGGUUGAGGUUUCUUAGCGCCGAUUCCGCGGGAAAGGCCCGGGGUUCUCAGACUCAAGUCGUGGGAGCUGCAGGUCUUACCCAGAGAGACACUGCACGUGGAGUCGGGGCCGCUGCCGUUCUCAACCAGCUCUGGAGCGCAGGCAGGGACCACAGGGCCGAUUCCAGAGCGGGUCUGCUCUCUUGAAACUCUUCAGCCAUGACUAAAAGAGAAGCAGAGGAGUUGAUAGAAAUUGAGAUUGAUGGAACAGAGAAACCGGAAUGCACAGAAGAAAGCAUUGUAGAACAAACCUACACCCCAGCAGAAUGUGUAAGCCAGGCGAUAGACAUCAAUGAGCCAAUAGGCAACUUAAAGAAACUACUAGAACCAAGACUACAGUGUUCACUGGAUGCUUAUGAAAUUUGUCUUCAAGAUAUUCAGUUGGAUCCUGAACGGAGUUUGUUUGACCAAGGGGUGAAAACAGAUGGGACCGUACAGCUUAGUGUACAGGUUAUUUCUUAUCAAGGAAUUGAGCCCAAGCUAAACAUCCUUGAAAUUGUUAAACCUGCGGAAACUGUUGAAGUAGUUAUUGAUCCAGAUGCCCAUCAUGCUGAAGCUGAAGCACAUCUUGUUGAAGAAGCUCAAGUGAUCACCUUGGAUGGCACAAAACACAUUACCACCAUUUCAGAUGAAACCUCGGAACAAGUGACAAGAUGGGCAGCUGCACUGGAAGGUUAUAGGAAAGAACAGGAACGCCUUGGGAUCCCCUAUGAUCCUAUACAGUGGUCCACAGACCAGGUCCUGCAUUGGGUAGUCUGGGUAAUGAAGGAAUUCAGCAUGACUGAUAUAGACCUCAGCACGCUCAACAUUUCAGGAAGAGAAUUAUGUAGUCUCAAUCAAGAAGAUUUUUUUCAACGAGUUCCUCGGGGAGAAAUUCUCUGGAGUCACCUGGAACUUCUUCGAAAAUAUGUAUUGGCAAGCCAAGAACAACAGAUGAAUGAAAUAGUUACAAUUGAUCAGCCUGUGCAAAUUAUUCCCGCUUCAGUACAGUCUGCUACACCAACUACCAUUAAACUUAUAAAUAAUAGUACAAAGGCAACUAAAGUGCAAAGAGCACCGAGGAUUUCAGGAGAAGAUAGAAGUUCACCUGGGAAUAGAACAGGAAACAAUGGCCAAAUCCAGUUAUGGCAGUUUUUACUAGAACUUCUUACAGACAAGGAUGCUCGGGAUUGCAUUUCUUGGGUUGGUGAUGAAGGAGAGUUCAAGCUAAAUCAGCCUGAACUUGUUGCCCAGAAAUGGGGACAGCGUAAAAAUAAACCUACCAUGAACUAUGAGAAACUCAGCCGUGCAUUAAGGUAUUAUUAUGAUGGGGACAUGAUUUGUAAAGUUCAAGGCAAGAGAUUUGUGUACAAGUUUGUUUGUGACUUGAAGACUCUUAUUGGAUACAGUGCAGCAGAGUUGAACCGUUUAGUCACAGAAUGUGAACGGAAGAAACUUGCUAAGAUGCAGCUUCAUGGAAUCGCCCAGCCAGUGACAGCUGUGGCCCUGGCAACUGCUUCUCUACAAACAGAAAAGGAUAAUUGAGUCCUAGGAACUUUCAGGAGUCUUCAGUCUUUCUUAAAUAAUUAGAGCACGUAUUGCUCCUAACCUUUAUUACUGAAUUUGAAUCUCUUUAUUUUCUAGACUGUAAAAUCUGAUGCAUGAUUUUUUUAAUAUAUAUUAUAUAUAAAUAUUUCCUACUCUUGUGAAUUUGGAUCUUUUUACUUUGAGCAUAUAUUUUAGAUUAUAUGUCUGUUAAGGGGGUCACCACAGUGUUUGCAGCUUGAAGGCAACAUGCUCAUUGUUGGAUAGUUUGUUAACAGACAGGAAAGCGAAACUAGUCAGUAUUAAUGUCUAGCUCUACCAAAAAUAGCCAGUAGCAUCUGAAGAUGAAAAGUAAAUGACAUUUCUCCAGGAAACAGUCUGACCUAACUGUAUUUGAAAAUGUAACUGUUUCCUGUCUCUGCUGCUUUAGAUGUUGCUUUAGAUAGAGCUGGAAAAUGGACUUUUUUUUCCCAGCCAAAGCAUGUGUGCCUGUUUUCAUCUAAUCAAGCAGAGCUAAAAUGCUAUACUCAAAUAUAAUGAUGUUAAUAAAUCACUAACUAAGAGUAUCACAUUAUUAAAGUAAUUUAUAUAUUUGCAAGCAAAGGCAGUAAGAAGUUGAAGCACUGGCAGAAGAGCAGUGCUGAAGAAAGAGAUCCAGAUUUAAAUCUGGCUUAACUCAAGCCAACUUUAAGGAGUUGCUGUAUAGACUAUACGUAAUAUGAGGCCAAGAAGUUAAAUUAUUUUGAAAGAGGCAUUUAAUUCUAAUAAAUCAGCUAUUGCAAAAAUCCUGAAAUGAUCUCUGUUUUUCCUGUCAGAGAUUUAAAAACCUGAUAGAGAUUAAAUACCUCAGCCAGAAAAUAAAAGUUUGGUUUGGUUUGGUGUGGCUUGCUUCCUUUUUUACUUUUUCCUUUUAUUACCCUCUAGUGCCAGUUUAUUAUACAAGGCAGCUUAAGUAUUCACUAUAUUUUUGAAGACUCUAAAUCAGUCAACAGUGUUUUUGCCAUUCAAAACGUUAGUAAAUUACU